AUGGAGCUUCUGCGGCUAGCGACGAGAAGGAGUAGGAGGAAGAGGUCGCAGCUAGCGAUGACAAGAACGAGGACCAAGAUACAGUCAUCUCCGGUAGCGACAGAGAGCGAAGAAGUAAAGGAGUCGCUGGUAGGUAGCGACAAGGAGGACCAAAAAGGAGAUGAAGAACAUCUGUACAGCUUUUCUGCGGACGAUGAAGAUUCCUCCGACGAUGAGAGGGCGGAAGAGUGGGAGAAUAUCGACGUGUCAGAGCUGCCGAUCAUCUCCAAGGACGAUGCAGUCGUGAAGCAGAAGCCGGAGAAGGCAAAAAAGCAUCCGAGUGAAGGCUGUGGAAUGCGCGCAUACUUCUCGCAGUUCGGCACCGUCACGCGUCUCGGGGUCUCACGCAACAAGAAGGUACAUUGGGCACCGAAACACCACGCGUUCAUCGAGUUUGACUCUGCAUCCGUCGCGAAGAUUGUCGCGGAGAUGAUGGACAAUUGCCUGCUCAUGGGGCACCUUCUCAAGUGCAAGGUCAUCCCGAAGGAUAAAGUCCACCUCAAGCUGUGGGUCGGCGUGGACCGGAAGUGGCGCGCCGUGCCGCGCGCCCGUGUGGUAAGGACGCAGCACAACGAGAAACGCACGGGGAAAGAGCAGGAACAGGCGGAGGAGCGGCUGCUCCAGCGCCAGAGCCUGAAGAAGUACAAGCUGGAGGAGGCGGGCAUAGACUACAACUUUGAAACCGUCGCAUACAAAAGCAAGGGGAAGCUUUCUAUGACGUAG